UUGGCUUACAUUUGGAAUCCUUACUCUACUUCUCACAAACCUCUCUCUGCUCUUCUGGGAUUUUCUUUCUUCCUUUCUUUCUUUUUUUUUUUCUGUUUGUUGUGUUGUGUAAUUAGAGUGAGAGCGAAGAGAUGAAGGCAAAAAUGAGUGACCAGUCGUCCAAACUUGAUCGAAAAGUUAUUGAAAGGAAUCGGAGAAAUCACAUGAAAACUUUAUGCUUCAAGCUUGCUUCUCUCCUUCCUUCUCAACAUACCAAAACCUCCAAGGAUAUGCUAUCACAACAAGAUCAGCUCGACCUUGCUGCAGCCUACAUAAAGCAGCUACGAGAUAGAAUAGAAAAACUAAAGGAGAUGAGAGAAGAAGCAACGAAGUCAACAAAAACGUCUAAUAGUAACAUAACCGAUACAACGAAUAUCGGUUUAAGAUUACCCCUGGUUGAAUUAAGAGAAGUUGGUCCUACUAUUGAAGUGGUUUUGAUAACUGGGCUGCAAAAAAACUUUAUGUUAUAUGAAGUUAUUAGUAUCCUCGAGGAAGAAGGAGCUGAAGUUGUCAAUGCUAGUUUUUCUACCUUGGGUGAUAAGCUUUUCCACUCAAUACAUGCCCAGGUUAAAAUUUCUAGAGUUGGUGUAGAGACUUCAAGAGUCUGCCAAAGGUUGCAGGAAUUGGUUUACUCAUGAAGUAAAUCGUUUCUGAAGAAAUCAGCACCUAUGCGAUAUCGAUGAAGGACAAAACCAAGUUAAUAAAUUAAUGGAGGUUAUCUGUUGAUUUUGCUGUUGGCUGGCUUCCUGAAGAUCUGAUAGUGACGAUAUGCAAGGCAAUUUCGAUCAAUGAACUAUGCAUAUUUAAGAGGAAACAAAUGUAGCCUACUUUUCGUUAAUCAAGUCUGUUAUGGUUUUACCUCCUCUACGUAAGAAAAUUAUUUUGUGUAAUUUCUCUCUGGUUAAUCAGAAGAAGUGCAGCAUUAUUAGUAGAUUUUGUACCACUACGUUGGCCAUAUUGUAGUUUUCAUGCAAGAACUUUUAGCUAUGUAUUGUCACAUCUUCAA